AUGGAUUAGCAAAAGCAACCCUUGGACCCUAAAGAUUCAAUUUUGAACAUUUCAUUAAAGAAAUCCUCAGGUCAAUUCAUUUUCUUAUCCAAAAUAUUCUUGAAUAAAUUUGAAAAAGUUGAAUUGCAUGGUUUGGGUGAGGCUACAAAGACUGUGGCAGCAGUGGCCGAAUCUCUUUCAAGAAAAAAUUAUGCUACGAUUAAGAAGAUAGAGACCUAAACAUAUACUCCAGAUCAAGGUGGAAAAAAGAUUAAAUUGAUUGCCAUAUUAGAAGUCACUGAGGAAGGAAAAUAAAUGAUUGAAAAAGAUUUAUAAAGAAAGCUGCCAGAAAAUAAACAAUAAUCAGAUUAAUGA